AUGAUUUCACUCCAAUGUGUAGGAGUACACAUCGCACCUAUCGACAGACUAUCUUUAAGCUUCUUCAGCAAAAUGGCGACGUCUGCUUUUAAGUCUGGACAACAACAAGAUAACAAGAGUCUCUCCAAUGAAUACAGGAGCAACAUGAAUGAAUCAGGGUGCAGGACUAGAAAGGCUAAUGUCACUGAGUCGGGGAACAAGAAGUUGCGGAAAGUAAGCUGCAACAACGUCAACAGUCACAAUGCCGGUGAACCUCACAAAGUGACCGUAAAGUUGGUCAGGGAAAGGAGCAGUAGGAAAAGACGCUCUGUUAAAAGGGAACCAGAAAAACGCACCAAUCUGUUGCCAAGCAUAAUUGUGAUUAGCAGCAAAAGCAGCACCAACAGUGGUACAAAUGAAGAGUUGUUGAAUAGGAUGUGGAAGAGGACAGCCAGUGCUAAUGCAGAGCCCUCUGAAAGGGUCUCUCUGCCAGAACAUGGCACCAACAACUCACACAGUGACCUCCACACAAGCAAAUCUGAUUUUGAAAGAAAGUACAAGCAGCUGGGACUCAUUGGAAAAGGGGGCUACGGUUCCGUCUACUCUGGCCUGCGCCUUGCCGACUCCUUACCGGUGGCCAUCAAGUACGCUGACAGCAAGAGAGUGCAAGGUGAAUUGAGAAUGGGCUGCGUCCCCCUAGAGGUGGCGCUGAUGCAGAAAGCAGGCGGCGGGCCGGAAGCAGUCGGGAAGUUUGCCGCCGUCACCCUGCUGGACUGGUACUGUCUGGAUCACAAGCUCGUCCUUGUUAUGGAAAGACCGCCGUUCUCCUUGGAUCUUGCGCAGUACAUCCACUUUCGAGGAGGUCGUCUGCAGGAAGAUGAGGCCAGGGCUCUCAUGAACCAAUUGGUGAACGCCGCCAUGGAAAUGUACAAUAAAGGUGUUUUCCACCGGGACCUGAAGUUGGAGAACACGCUGGUAGAAAUCGGCCCCAAAGGGCCGCGGCUCCGUAUUAUUGACUUUGGCUGUGGUAGUUAUGAGCUGAAGAAAGUUUUCCGCUAUUUCCAGGGUACUCUUCAAUAUGCUCCCCCAGAAUGGUUCAAACAUAAAACGUACAAACCUAUUCCCACCACAGUUUGGCAGUUGGGAGUAAUGCUUUACUGCAUGCUGCACAGCUGUCAGUUCGACACCAGGGUUUUCGCGAUGGACUGGAUUCAAUUUAGCAGCAACCUCUCCCGAGAGUGCCUCGGUUUCCUCCACCUCUGUUUGGAGGAGGAGUGUAAGAAGCGAGCCACCUUGGAGCGGCUUCGUACUCACGCCUGGAUCAGCGGACUGAAUCCCGCUUCUCAGGGGUCUGCAACACUUCUGCCAACAUCUGACACUUAA